AUGAUGAUGUUCCAUAAUUGCAGAAUUAAUAACUACUUAAUAACUUCUCAAAUUGGCGAAGGCGCGUACGGUCUGGUUUACCGUGCCUUAGAUAUUCGUACCGAUAGACAAUACGCUAUCAAAGCGGUUGUUCAAAGUUACGGUGUUAGCAAGGAGGCUGAUAUGGGCAAUGAUAAAAUACACAAAAAUAGCGUGAAAUUGCAAAAGAAGCUCGCUAAACUGUUCAAGGAAUCGAAAAACGUUGUCAGGGUGCCCUCUAUAGAUCUAGAAUCAAUUGAGAAUAUGUCAGAAGAAGAUUUUAAAAAGCUGCCCCAUUAUAAAGAGAUUUCGCUACACCUAAGAGUCCACCAUCAUAAGAACAUUGUCACCAUACAUGAGGUGCUACAAUCUGCAGUCUGCACGUUCAUUGUCAUGGAUUAUUACCCAACAGACCUAUUCACGUCUAUUGUAGAUAACAGACAUUUUGUCACUAAUGGACUGCUAGUAAAAAAGGUUUUUCUACAGAUCUGUUCUGCUCUUAAUUAUUGCCAUGAGCACGGCAUCUACCACUGUGACAUCAAGCCUGAAAACUUGCUACUGGAUACAGAAGAUAACGUUUUCCUAUGCGAUUUUGGUCUAUCCACUACUUCCACAUAUAUAAAGCCAAAUGUUUGCAUUGGUAGCUCGUAUUAUAUGCCCCCUGAAAGAAUCUCAUUUGAUGGGAGAGUUUCCAGCUCUAAAAGUGGGGGACAUAAGUUGGGUAAGGUUUGUCCCUCAUGUAAUGGCGAUUUGUGGUCAUUAGGUAUCAUCCUUAUCAAUUUGACAUGCAUCAGAAAUCCCUGGCUGAAGGCUGACAAAACCGAGGAUAAUACCUACUAUUAUUUCACUAAGGAUCCCAAUAUACUAAAGCAAAUCCUACCGCUUUCCGAUGACUUUUACUCAUUAUUAUCUAAGAUUUUACAAGUGAAUCCGAAGAAUAGAAUGAGCUUGCAAGAGUUGAUGAAAGAAGUUAGUUCUAUUACAAGCUUCACCAAUGAAGGCCCGUUAUCAAAAGUGCCGCCUCUUUCCAAGUCUGUUUAUGAAAAGUUCGUUAGCCCCGUCGAUAACACGAAUGAGAAUUUGUCUCCAAAAUCCUACGUGUACAUGCACGAUAGUAAAGCUGCCAAGAAUUUAUCUUAUACAUCUUCAAGUGAGGAAGAAGAUGGAAUCAAAGAAGGGAUAGACGAUGAUAAUGGCAGUCGCAGUGGCAGUUUCGGAACGCUAGACACAGACACUGGAUUGCAUUCUUCGUUCACAAGCACUUCUUGCGAGUCCGAUAACGAAUGUUCUAAGAUUUCCAACAAAUUUUCCUUGUUCGAAAAAAAAUUCAACGAACUUCGCAUGAGUUCCUCUUCUUUAACUAACUAA